AUGGCCCUCUACUGCGGCGACAACUUCGGCGUGUACUCGCAGCCCGGCCUGCCCCCGGCCGCCGCCGCCCCGGGCGCGUCCCCGGCCGCCAGGGCGCCCUACGGGCUGGGCGACUACGGCGCGCCGCCGGCCGCCGCCGCCGCCGCCAACCCCUACCUGUGGCUCAACGGGCCGGGCGUGGGCGGGUCGCCCGCCGCCGCCGCUGCCGCCGCGUACCUGGGCGCCCCGCCGCCGCCGCCGCCGCCCGGGGGCGCGGCCGGGCCCUUCCUGCAGCCGCCGCGCGCCGCAGGCACCUUCGGCUGCGCGCAGCGGCCCUUUGCGCAGCCCGCGCCCGCCGCGCCCGCCUCGCCCGUGGGACCCACCGCGCCCGGCGAGCUCGGCUGGCUGUCCAUGGCCAGCCGCGAGGACCUGAUAAAGAUGGUGCGGCCGCCGUACUCGUACUCGGCGCUCAUCGCCAUGGCCAUCCAGAGCGCGCCCGAGCGCAAGCUCACCCUCAGCCACAUCUACCAGUUCGUGGCCGACAGUUUCCCCUUCUACCAGCGCAGCAAGGCCGGGUGGCAGAACUCCAUCCGCCACAACCUCUCCCUCAACGACUGCUUCAAGAAGGUGCCCCGCGACGAGGACGACCCAGGGAAAGGCAAUUACUGGACCCUGGAUCCAAACUGUGAGAAAAUGUUUGACAACGGGAACUUCCGGCGGAAGCGAAAGCGCCUCUCUGAGGCCAGCGGCACCUCCACAGUGGCCACAGGGACACCAAAAUUGGAAGAGGGGCUCUCAUCAGGAUUGGGGUCUGGAGUGGGUGGGAAGCCAGAAGGGGACAACCCCUCCACUCUGCUGAGGCCUUCCCAGUCCCCAGAGCGUCCCGAGGGCACCAGGAGUGCUGCCUCCUCACCAGGAGGAUCCAUGCUCACCUCCACCCCUUGCCUCAACACCUUCUUCAGCAGCCUCAGCACCUUAAGCGUCAGCAGCAGUGGGAACACGCAGCGAGCUCUCCCUGGCAGCCGCCACCCAGGCAUCCAGGGGGCCCAGCUACCCCCCGGCAGCACAUUCGCCCCUAGCUCCGUUGCUGAGGCCUCGCCAGACACCUUGCAGCUGAGUCACAGCACCAGCAAUGGCAGCAGCCAGAGGUCCUCCUAUUACAGCCCUUUUCCCGCCAGCACCACCGGGAGUCAGAGCAGCCCGUUCAGCAGCUCCUUCUACAACUUCAGCAUGGUCAACAGCCUCAUCUACCCCCGGGAGGGCUCUGAAGUAUAGAGCGCUGCUUCUCUGACUUUGGCGUGCACACCUGAGGUCUUGUUACAAUGCAGAUUCCAAGGCAGUCGGUCUGGGGCAGGAACUGAGGUUCUGCAUUUCUCUGGAGCUGCCCGGUGACCCUGUGGGCCACUGACCACACUUGGGGUAGCAAGGGUUUAGGAGCUAACUUUUACAACCCAGCAGGCUUGUACAGGUUUUUCUGGAUAAGGGCCUGCCUGGAGAGACACCCACCUCACUCUAUUCUGGGAGAGUACCUGUGAGCCCUAUGAGGGCAGGGACCAUGUCUGUUCUGUUCAGGACUGUAGAUCAGGGUUACAAGGUCCAGUGUGUAUAGGGAUCGGCAGAAAACGAGAAUGAAGUCAUCAGGCAGGAAAAAGAGCAAUUGGCAACUGAAGCAGUUGGGCGUGGUUGGGACUGACCAGCUGAAGGCUGCUGUGGGCAGCUUGUUAUUUCCUGUCUGGCAGCAGUCUGAUUUCCUUGAGAAGUCAGAUUUCUGGAUUUUUAUAGGAAGCCUUUAUUUGUGGUCUUUGCCACUGGUUGAAGUUUUCAAAAUACUGUACUAGGAAACACCACAGGUCCCUGAGCUGUAUCCAGCUGGCCAGUCGCCUCUGCUUAUGUUCAGUGUCUCCUACAUGGUAGAUAAUAAUAGCAAUAAAAAAUUGCCCAGGUAAGCCCUGUGGACCAGGUGCUCUUCUAGACACUUGACACACAUUUAAUCCUCACAUCAAUCUUGGGAGGUAAGUAUUAUUACUACCCCUAAUUUUCUAUAUGAGGGCAGUGAAACUCUGAGGUGUUAAGUAACUUGCCCAAGGCUGUGCAGAUAGUAAGUCAUGGAGCCAGGAUCAGGCCUGGCAGUCUGGCUCCAAAGUUGGUGCUUGUAAAAUUGUUCUAAUUCCUGAAAAACAAAAGGUGCUGGCAUCCAUCAGCAGACAUAGCAUAUAGUGGGUAGGGAUGGGCUAGAUCUCACUUGACCAAAGAUUCUGGUUGAAAUAUCACUUGAGAUGGUCCCUAGACGUGCAAGGAUGGACACCACCUCUGCCUCGCUUCUGCUGCCGUAUUCCUGAAGUGUGGGGUGACCACUGUCCCAGUUAAGUUGACAUCUUUUCCCUUUCAGCCUGUGUCCUGGAUUUCUCAUUUUUAAACAGUGUUAGAAUUUUUAUUAAAAUAGUUUUUAAAUGGAAUUUUUAUAGUUUUUUAAACAAAGCAUUUGGUCAGAAAAAUUUUUUAAUAGAAUUUAUUUUUAGCACUCCCUUUUACUUCUCAGGAAAUAUCUUCAUUUGAAUAAUUUUUAUGGUCACCCUCCCAGUGCCCAGAAGAGGGCCUGGUACAUGACGGUCAGAUACUAGGCCACAGUUUGAACUCACCCCAAAAAUGCCAAAUAGUUGUUGAUUUUACUGGAACAGCUUUGCAUUAAGAUGAAGAUAAUGCCUCAUGAGUUGCCUAUGCGCCAUGUUGCUGGGUUUUUGAUAGCGUUGCUGGUUUGGGGUUUUAAUUUUUUAGAGACAGGAACAAAAAGUACAUUGUAAGGCAUUUUUAACCUGCUGUGUAUUCUCUUAAGACUUUCACAGCACCACCCUUACAUUUUUAUUUUGAAAUAUACAUACAGAAAAAAGUAUUUGAGAUAUAAAUAACAUUACCAUUACUUUUUAAAUAUUAUUCAGGAAGACAACCAAAGAAACCACCUGCCCCAUAUAGUAUGUACCAAAAAAACAGUUUCUAUGGGUAUUUUUCUAUGUGAAAAAUCAUAAAAGCUUUUAUAAAUAUUGUUUCUACCACAGUUCUAUAUUUGUAAAUUAAUUUAUAAUGUGAACUGAGACAAAAAAUUGUUUUCUCCCAAGAAAGUGCAUUGCAUGCUGGA